AUGGGAAAUUAUCUAGGUGAAAAAGAGCUUUCAGAAUUACCAUCAAAACAGCAAUACGCUAUUUUUGAUAAGGCAGAUGUUAGUUGUGAUGAUAAUUCAUUUUACACAUUGGCAAAGAAUCACAUACAAAAACAGCCAUGGCUUAAAAAUGUUUCUAACAAAAUACUUAGUGCCUUAUGUUAUGCACAUAAGAAAAAUAAGGAAGGCAACUUUAAAGGUGAUGAUUGUGAUUACCUGUACUUUUGGUUGGGUGAAAUAUUAGACAGAAAUUUAACAAAUAGACAUUCCUUUUACGCUGUUAUGCACACAUUUAAAUAUUUACUAGAGAGCCAUGGAGGUCUGAUUAUAUGCAAUUAUGAUAAAUAUGAUAUGACUGAAAAAAAUUUUAUGGAUAUUAAGCAUUUAUUUGAUUUUUCGAAGGAUUAUGAUAUGCUUAAAACAUAUUUUGAUACACCAAAAGAGUCUUGUAGUGAUUCUUUUAAUAUAUAUAUCAGUGAACGUGUCAUAAAAUAUAACGCAUGUAAAAACAGUUGUGAUGUAUCUAAUAGAAAAGAUGUGACUUGUAGUGCUUUUGAUAAAUAUUUUAGUGGCAAGAAACAAAUGAAUUUACUUAAAUGGACAUGCAAUUCAGGAGGAAAUCCAGCUAGUUUAGCAGAAGGACAACAAAAUAAUGAAGGGGUGUCACAAACACAGGUACAAGAAGAAGUACAUAGAAUGGGUGCAGAGGCACAAUUACAACAACGACAAGAGACACAACCAGAGCUACAACAGCAAUUAGAGGCACUUCCACUAGAAGAGAAAGAGGAAGAAUUAUUACAAAUUCAAGCACAUACAGCUCUUCAUAUGCAAGUUCCUUUAAGAAGUACACCUGCAGAUAAAAGUGGACAGCAAUUAAUGCAAGAAAUUUCGGAAAACAUUGAUUUCCCAGUUGAAAGUCCAGAAUCGGAGACCUUUAUUGGUAUUUCAUAUCGCUCUUCAGAUUAUUCUUCUUCAGAGAACAUGGUCAUUUCUCCUUUGGCUAUAGGGAUUGCAGUUUUGUCUAUUAUACUGUGCAAAGUAUUUAUUAAUGCCAAUAAAAAAUGA